GUAAAUUUAAACUGAAUGACCAAUGAAAACGAGUUUAAAAGGUGAAAUGAAGUUAUUUUAAGACAUUACAAUUACAAAUGACCGAAAUAAGUUCCACUCAUUCAAAAAAGAGGAUGUUACUGUACGUUAAUAAAAUACUUUUAAUUCCCGUGAAUAAUGGUUUAAGUCACAAUUAAAUUAAAACCUUGUAAUAAACAGACAUAAUAAACAGGUGUUAUUUGUUGUGAAUGAGAAAAAAUUGUUUACCUAGAGAAUGCGUGUUUAAUCAGAGUUUUAAUCUUUUCAAAAAUGUUGAUAAUGUGAUUUGAACAUUUCUGAAUUAUUUAUGUAUAAAAUUCGGAUAAAAUGGUAUCACUGAGGUGUAAAAAAGCAUUUUGCGUUGGAUAUUCCGGAUUACUUUUCGGCUCAGGAAUAUUAUUAAUCGUGCUUUCGUCGAUAUUAUUGUAUAGGAUUUUCCACCACUUUGAUUUUAUCCCUGGCAGUACAACAGGUCCAUUGAUAUUAUUAAUAAUAUUAGGAAUUUUACACUUAUUAUUAACAUGGUUAGGCGUAAAAGGACCAACGCGGGAGCACAAUUUCCACAUAAUAUUGUUCAUGUUUUUCACUUUUAUUCUACUAAUUGGUGAAUUUACCAUCGGCGUUUGGUCGAUGGUUUUAUGGGAUUCAGUUGCAGUGCCUUCUACCGAUUUAAUGACUCAAAGUUUUAACGAAAUUAUGAAGGAACAAGUUUACAGCAAAUCUUGGUCUAAAGUACAAGCUGAGGUACAAUGUUGUGGAUUGCAUGGUCCACAGGAUUAUAUAAAUUUCGAAGAAGAAGGGGCUAUGAAAUUGUCCUUUUUAUCUUGCAAAAAUAACGAGGUAUCAAAUCCAGGUGGGCAAGUCGUGCCUUAUGAAGAAGGUUGCGAAGAAAUGUUUGUUAAAUACGUCGAAUUAAUAUUGAUCGAAAGUGCUAUUAUGGGAUUCCUUUCCGCCAUAUUUCAGGGAUUGGGUCUGUUCGUAGUGUUCUCUUUCUUUAGAACGCUAAGGGAAGCACGGGCCAAGCGCUCUGCUAGAAGAGCAGAAUUGCAACGCCAACUAUCUGGACAAAGUCAGCAUUCUGAAGUACUUUUACCGCCUCCUGUAAACAUGGGACCUUCUAUGCAGUCUCCCCCAGGAUCCGCUGCUCCACCCACAUCUGCGUCGGUACCUUUACAAACUGACGGUGCUUCAGCUCCGCCCCCAUACAAUCAUAGUGAGACGGAAAAAGUUUGAAAUUUGUUUUUUAUUUUAAAUUACAUGGUCAUAUGUUGAUAAAACCUUCAAUUUUAUAAAUUUUAAAGUGGUCCGAAAGUAGAUUAUGAAGAAAAAACAAAAAACGCAAAGGCUGUCAACCGCAUGGUCUUUAAUUAGAUUUUUUCAAAAAGUUUAAAAGAUUUUUUGAAAAAUCUAAUUUCUGCAUUAAUCUUUAUUGUUUCUAAAAAGUGCAUACAGUUUUUAUAACACAGUCUAGUGAUAAUAGCCAAACUUUUAUAUCACGUAGUACAAUAAAAUUAAUGUGAUGUUUGUUUAUUUUCAAACAACAGUUUAUUUGUAAAUAAUUUAUUUAAACACUUAUUUAUUUUAAACAAUACUAUUCUAAUUUAUAUAUAUUUCCAAUGUCUUUGAACUGUUCACUAUUUAUAUUCACUGUCCAUAUAUAACUAAUAAUACCUGUGUUCCUCCACCAGUAUUUAUAUACAAAGUUUAAAUUA